AUGACAUCUACCAACGAUGUUGGACUUGCAUCUGAACGUAUUCAGAACGCAACAGAAGUCGAUUUAAAUGAAGUUACUUGUUCAAUUAUAUGUGAGAAUAUAUUAUGGAAACCGCUCUCAUGUCAACAGUGUGAAACUCAUUUCUGUUCGAUGUGUAUUCGACAGUGGUUAGAUAAACAUCCCAAUCAAUGUCCCAUGAGAUGUACUUCAUUUAUUGAACGACCAUGUUCCAAAUUCAUUGCUAGACAGUUAGCAAAAUUAAAAGUUGUUUGUAUUUAUAGAUCGUAUGGUUGCCAGGAGGUUAUUCCAUAUGAAGCACUUGAAAAACAUGAGAUAACAUGUGGAAAUCAACUUGUAAAAUGCAUUCGCUGUCAGCUAGAUGUACCCCGAAAAAAUCUCGCACAACAUCAACCAGUAUGUCAACAGACCAUGGUUAUGUGUUUAGAUCGAAAUAUGGUGCAUGUAACAUGUCAAAAUGAUUCCAAGGAACCAAAUUCUGAGAUAGCUGUUCUGAAAGCAGAAGUUCAACUACUUCGUCAAGCCUUAAAUGGUUAUAUGGAAUUAUUAGUGGCUCGUGACAUCCUUGCUGAUAACAAUCUGGAUGUUCUUCUUCGAAAUCGGAUUGUUCUCGAUUCAGCCUCGCCAUUCGCUAAUAACGUUGUCUGUUCUGUAUGUGGAAACGUUUUAUGGAAACCUGUUUCUUGUAAAAAUUGCAGUACUGUUUUCUGCACGAAAUGUCGCCCUACGGGUGGUAUUCUGGGUAAAAUCUCAUCAUUUUUUAAAAUCCAACAGAAAUUUCACGGAAAAAAUGGAUGUGAAGAUUUUGAAGAAACAGAAAUAUCUCCACAAGUGAUUCAUGAACUCGCCAAAGUACGCAUUCGUUGUGCUUAUGCUCCUAAUGGAUGUCGCGUAUUUCCGUCCUAUUACGAACUUGAACAACAUGAAAGAGUAUGUGAAUUCGAAAGUAUUCCAUGUGAAUUAUGUCAAUAUCCUUUAUCAAAACGGUCGCCAAUGGGCGAGCACACACGACGAGCAUGUUUCGAAUAUAUGCAUAAUAAAAAUCCGUCAGGAAUUCAACAGCAACUUAUGAUACUUUACAAUGCUUUCGAAGAAUCACAAGCCGAAAAUCGUCGCCUUCAAUUGGCUACCACUCAAAUGCAAAAAGAAUUAAGAGACUUGAAUGCAGCAUGUGUCAAGAAGGACAGUAAACCAAGUAAAAAAUGA